GGGGAAACGGGGUCACGUGGGAGAAGGAUUGGCGCUGCGCUCGGAGCACCAGUGGCGGGAAGCGAGCUGUCAAUCACCCAGGUCAUUGAACAGUCAUUGAUGUGAAAAAUGGUCAUGGUGAAACUGUUGACUCUUGUGAUGGUGGUAAAGCAGCAGCAGAUCCUUCUGGGGAUGAAGAAGCGGGGAUUCGGGGCCGGACGAUGGAAUGGGUUUGGAGGAAAACUGAUGCCUGGAGAAACCAUAGAGGAAGGAGCAAAGAGGGAGUUAUUUGAAGAAAGUAGUCUGACUGUACAGAGCUUGGAAAAAAUUGGACAGAUCCGCUUUGAAUUUGUCGGUGAGACUGAACUCCUAGAUGUUCACAUAUUCCGUACAGACAGUUACCAAGGGGAACCCGUUGAAUCAGAAGAGAUGCGACCACAGUGGUUUGACGUGGCUAAGCUCCCAUUCAAUGAGAUGUGGCCCGAUGACAUCUACUGGUUCCCCCUGAUGCUUCAAAGAAAAAUGUUCAAAGGCUAUUUCAAAUUUGAAGGACAUAACACCAUUCUAGACUACACACUCAAAGAAGUGGAUGAUUUGGCAGAUAAGGGAUUCUGAUUCUUCCACU